AUGAAAUAAAAUUUUUAAUUUUAAUAGAAAUAGGGUUUUCAAUUUAAGGAUCACCCUUAAGAACCUGCAUUAUUUUGGUGUAAACAAGCCUAUUGUUAAGUAAACAGAGUUUUUUGCCUUGUUUGCCAAAAAGAAAAGAAACACAUCCAACAUUUCAAUGAAGAUGUUCAUGGCUUUCAUGAAUUAUUAAAAUUUCUGUCUGAGAAAUCAAAAUACCCGAAGGAUCUAAUAUCUGAAUGUUAAAAUUAAUUUGGAUUUACAAUUAAAUCUUUUGAUAAACUUACUUCUAGUUUAUCUUAUAAGUUUUGUGGAUUAGAAGAUAUAAUUAAUAAACUCUAGAACUAUUAAAUCUUAUAAGUACUUGAUUCUUUUGUUCAAUUUGAUGAAAUUAGGAAACACACAGAAAAUAAUAUAAUUGCUUAUUUGAAGAAGUUUUAGAAAAUCUUAGAUGAUCUUUAUAAUUUAUUGGAAUUACAUUUAAUUAAAUAUUAAAUGAUAGAGGAAUAGAUAACAGUUAAUCAAAAUGAAUUGCAAAAAGGAUUGCAUUUAUUUUAUGAUCUUUUAGGUAUCUCUUUAAAUAUUAGAAAUAAAUAAAUUGAAGCACUUUAAAUAUUUGAUAAAUUAUUAUUAGAUGAACCAUAUAAUAUAGAAAUUAUGUAUUAAAAAGGUUAUUAAUCAUAUCUAUUUUUUAGGCAAUUCAUUAAAGAAAUAAUUAAAUGUGAGAUUCAAUAACUUAAUUAAAUAAGAUUAAUCCAAAACAUGUUUUAUCGCUUUGGAAAAUAGGUAGAUUUAGUUUUAUUUAUUAUUUAGGUGAUAUUUUAAGAUAAUAAAAAUCUUAUGAGGAAGCU